UCUCCCGGCUUUAUCGCGGAACAGAGAGACUUACAAAAAUUCUCCAAAUAAGAAAUUUUAUUUCUUUUUUAAUUCUAACCAAUUUCUCUGAAGAUCGUUGAUUUUUUUCUUUCCCCAGAAAUCAAACGUAUUUUUUGUCCAAACGUCCUAGAAACAGAUCAUUUCUUGCGUUUCUGAAGUAUUUAUUCAUCAUCAUCAUCAUUGUCUGAGGUUAAUGUAAUUGUAGAAUCGAGAUUUUAUUAACAGGUAAAACAGAGAUUAACAGAAACAUAAUCAAAACACAAGAAUAAGACAAAAGCACAGCAUCUAAAAAACAUGUUCUGUUGCGGUGGUGCGGAUGAGGAACCCGCCGGUCCACCCGCAAACCAGUAUUCAUCAGCCCCUCCUAACAAGGCUGGAAACCCUAACUUUGGCGGUGGAAACAGAGGGGAGCCUAGGAACACGAACGCGCCGAGAUCAGGAGGUCCUGCGAAGGUUUUACCCAUAGAGAUCCCUGCCGUUGCAUUGGAUGAGUUGAACAGAAUGACGGGUAACUUCGGCAACAAGGCACUGAUCGGUGAAGGUUCUUAUGGACGUGUCUUCCAAGGCAAGUAUAAUGGAGAUGAUGUUGCUAUCAAGAAGCUUGACGCUAGCUCUGAAGAACCUGACUCCGAUUUCACCUCACAGUUAUCGGUUGUAUCACGGCUCAAAAACGAACAUUUUGUGGAGUUGAUGGGGUACUGCUUGGAAGCAAACAACCGCAUUCUCGUCUACGAGUUCGCAACCAAAGGUUCUUUACACGAUGUAUUACACGGGAGAAAGGGAGUCCAGGGGGCUGAGCCAGGGCCAGUGCUGAACUGGAACCAAAGGGUCAAGAUUGCGUAUGGAGCAGCCAAGGGGAUGGAGUUCCUUCACGAGAAGAUCCAGCCACCAAUAGUCCACAGGGACGUAAGGUCGAGCAAUGUCUUGUUGUUUAAUGACUUUGUGGCCAAAAUGGCUGAUUUCAACUUGACCAACGCGUCCUCGGAUACGGCGGCUAGGCUUCACUCCACUCGUGUCUUGGGAACGUUCGGCUAUCACGCUCCAGAGUAUGCUAUGACGGGACAGAUAACACAGAAGAGUGAUGUGUAUAGUUUUGGUGUUGUGCUUUUGGAACUCUUGACGGGAAGAAAACCAGUAGAUCAUACCAUGCCUAAGGGCCAACAAAGUCUUGUCACAUGGGCAACUCCGAGACUUAGUGAAGACAAAGUCAAACAAUGCAUAGAUCCUAAGCUUAACAAUGACUUCCCUCCCAAAGCAGUCGCCAAGUUGGCAGCAGUGGCGGCCUUGUGUGUACAGUACGAGGCAGACUUCAGACCAAACAUGACAAUCGUUGUCAAGGCACUUCAGCCUCUUCUCAACUCUAAACCGGCUGGUCCUGAGUCUACUACAUAAAAUAACCAGCUCAACAUUCUCUUGUUUUUGUUGUUGUUAUUGUUAUUGUUAAAGGCUUUUUUUUUUCUGUUCAGACAGCUAAUGAUUAUUGGUUGUAAAACGUUGUUACUUAAAUCGAAUGUAACUUUAUAA